UAAUUCCCAAUCCCUCCCUUGAUUUCUCCUUCUUUCUUUUUUUUACCCGCCAAUUUCAACUUUGUCAUCUCCAACGGCUCCUUACUCUGUUCGAUUCACUCGUUGUUCUUGGAUUCCUCUCUUCUCUCGAGUUUCUGUUGAUAAACCCAGAUUUUGAUCCUCGUUGCUUCUGCAAUGGCGAAUCGCGAUUUAGUGCUUGGACAGAAUCAAUCAUUGGUGCUUGGUCACAGCCACACUCUAGACCUUGGUCAAAACCACGAUAUGGAUUUAACACAAGCUCAUCACGAUCAUGAAAUUGACUUAACACACCAACACGACGAUCACGAGCUAGGCUUAGGAAACAUCCAAAACCAAGAUGAAGAAGAAGACCAUCAUCAUCAUCACGAUUAUAUGAAUGAGAACGAUCAAAAGCCUGGACACCACCACGACGACGAAGAUGUUGAGUUCUCCUUGUCAGACAACAAUCAGUUAGUAGUAGUCGGAGGAGAUAACGAGAACCUCGAGCUAGCCAUCGACUCAACCCACGAGCUCGAGAUCGAUCACAACGGCGAGAUGGUAAUGGUCACCACUCUAGUUCAAGCACGCGCCCUCUCCGCCGAGCUAACUUACCAGCUCACGGUCGGACAAGAGUUCCCAGACGUCAAAGCCUGCCGCAGAGCGUUGAGAGACAUGGCCAUCGCGCUCCACUUCGAGAUCCAAACGAUUAAAUCCGAUAAAACACGCUUCACAGCCAAAUGCUCCAGCGAAGGAUGCCCGUGGAGAGUCCACGCGGCUAAGCUCCCCGGCGUGCCGACGUUCACCAUCCGGACCAUACAUGAAAGUCAUACCUGCGGAGGGAUAAACCAUUUGGGCCACCAACAGGCCUCGGUCCAAUGGGUAGCUUCCUCAGUCGAGCAGCGGCUCCGCGAGAAUCCAAACUGUAAACCGAAAGAGAUUCUUGAAGAGAUACAUAGAGUCCAUGGGAUCACCUUGUCUUACAAGCAAGCGUGGCGCGGUAAAGAAAGAAUCGUGGCGACUAUGCGUGGCUCUUUUGAACAAGGGUAUAGGCUGCUUCCACAGUACUGCGAGCAGGUUAAGAGGACUAAUCCAGGAAGCAUCGCUUCUGUUUACGGAUCUCCAGCUGAUAACUGCUUCCAGCGUCUCUUCCUCUCCUUCCACGCCUCGAUUUUCGGGUUUUUAAACGCGUGCCGCCCGCUUCUCGGUCUUGACAGAACGUAUCUGAAGAACAAGUACUUGGGUACAUUGCUUCUCGCGACCGGGUUCGACGGAGACGGGGCUUUGUUUCCGCUAGCGUUUGGGGUUGUGGACGAAGAGAGCGAUGAGAACUGGAUGUGGUUCCUUUGCGAACUUCAUAACCUCCUCGAAACCAACACUGAGAACAUGCCGAGGCUCACUAUACUAUCCGAUAGACAGAAGGGGAUAGUCGAAGGAGUUGAGCAGAACUUCCCAACAGCCUUUCACGGCUUCUGCAUGCGUCACUUAAGCGAAAGCUUCCGCAAGGAGUUUAACAACUCAUUGUUAGUUAACUACAUUUGAGUUUGUUGUCUUCUAUCAACAUUGAGUUAUCAUUCUGGGGGAUCUGAAUCGGACGUCUGCGCUCUGGUUUAGCUGAGUUCGAGGGCCAUUUUCCUUUCUCCAUUCUUGAGUAUCUAUGAGCCAUACUCUCUUGUAGAAGCUACAGUAGUUUUUUACUUUGCCAAGAAGAUCCUCAAACUGAGGUAAAAUGCGAGUAACCCUGAGAGAAGAAGCUGUCUAGUUUAAGCUCUUAGUUCUUUGCACUGCUGAAAAUCUCCAAGCUCUGUUUCCUUAUCUUCUGUGUUUCUUGGGUAUGAGGGGUUUCCUCGAGGGGGAAGACACAGUAGGUGAAGCACCAUCUCGAGAUCUAUCAACUGAUCGGAGUAGAUUUUGAUUUGCUGAGAAUUAGGUCAUCGGAGAAAGGUGGUUGCGGCGGGGCUCUUCUUUUCUUGCGGUGGAGAGUUGUAGGUGCCGUGGAGAUUUUUAAAAAAACCAAGGUUAGGUGGCCGGACAUUGGUAGUCGUGCCUGGGAGAGAUCGCAAAAAAACAGGUGAGAAUGGAGUAAUGAGAUGAUACAGGUGGAGUAAAACACAUCGGUUUUAAUAGAGACUGAACUAUCGGGUUUUGUCUUGUUCUGAACUAUCGGGUUUUGUCUUGUUGAUUCUUAUACAACCUGUCUCUCUCAGAACAUCUCCAAUAGCUUCUUAUCUUCUCAUUUUCUGAAGCUUUUUGCAUUCCAAAAGCUUCUUAUCCUUUCAAAUUUUAAAGGGUGAAUUGAAGGUAUACUAUUCAACCCCUUAAAACACUAUUUACUUUUUGCUUUUGUCCCUACAAUUAUAUAUGUUUGACAAUAGCAUGAAUAACUUUUUAUAUAUCAUAUUUUAGCACGUAUCG